CUGGCGUCUAUCAAGUCAAUCCCGGACGAGGCUGGACACUGGAGCUUGUGCGUAACCACUGAGCCGGACCUUGAAGAUCGAGUUCAUGCUUGGCACUCUUUGUAUCCCUCUGAGUCAGCGCCCUGUGGAAAUCCGUAGCUCACCUGGCCUCCCUCUGAUGCACUUAUAGCGCGCAAAAACUUUUUCCUCGCACCGUUGCAGCUUUUGCACAUUAACCCGCAGGUGGCGGAACACGGCGGCCUGAGCAUCAUGUCCCUGAACAAGUACAGCCAGAGCUCCUCUUCCUCGUCAUCCUCCGAUUCCAUACGGGACAAGAAGGUCUUCGCCAAGCUCAAGCUGUCGGGGGACUACCCGAGGAAGAACGCGGAGCUGCUCAGCGCUCAGUAUGGGAUAAACGUGCUGCUGGUCGGGGUGGCGCUGAUGCUGGCCAUCGCGCAACAAAAGGCCUCCGUUGAGGAGAAGGACCUGCUGUCCUUCACCACAAGCCUCAUGAUACUGCAGCUGAUCUGGAUGAUAUGGUACAUCCUGGUGAGGCGCAGCCAGGGGAAAACACGAACCGAGAGGGACGUCAAUGCCACUACAUGCUGGAUAAGAGGUGGUUUAACUCUUCUCGCUGUCCUCUCACUGAUCAUGGACGCGUUGAAAAUCGGAUACUACGUCGGAUAUCGACUGUGCUUGUCGGAAGUGUACGUAGUCUAUCCCGUCACCCAUGUAGUUCACACCAUAGCACAGGUACAUUUUCUCUGGUUUCACAUCAAGGAUGUGAUCAAGAGCUUUGAGACAUUUGAAAGGUUUGGAGUGAUGCACGCGGUCUUUACCAACCUCAUCCUGUGGUGCAACGGCGUGAUGUCGGAGACCGAGCAUUUUAUGAACAACCACAUCAGACAAACCUCCGGCGUGGAAUUUCAAAAUAUCACCACAGAGGAGCCGGCGCUGCAGUGCAACUGCACGACAACCACAUGCGCCCUGUUCUCCCGGAGCUUCACGUACCUCUUCCCGUUCAACAUCGAGUACCACAUCUUUGUCUCCGCGCUGCUUUUCGUCAUGUGGAAAAACAUCGGACGCACCAUUGACAUAUCCUCAAACAGAAAAAGUCUGGUCACCAAAACCCAGGGGUUGACUUUAGGCCCCAUUCUAGGUCUCCUCGCACUGGUCAGCACUAUAGGAAUACUGGUGGUCUACAUUACACGGUUACCGGGCCCCCUGGAAGUUCACCUGUCAGCCGUUUCUAUGUUCUACAUUUACGGCAUCGUCCUGCUGGUGGUCAUGUGUUCUGCCGGCGCUCUGGGUUUGCUCAUCUACCGCGCCAACCACAUGCCUCUUGACGCAUCAAAGAACCCUUCGAGACAGCUGGACACGGAGCUGCUGUUCGGGUCGGCCCUGGGCUCCUGGUUCAUGUCCUGGUGCAGCAUCGUGUCAGUACUGAGCAGCAAGAGUGACCCUCCUUACCGCUGGACCAACCUAAUCUACUCCCUCCUAAUUAUUCUGGAGAAGUACAUCCAGAACCUCUUCAUCAUCGAGUCCCUUUAUCGCCAGCAGGAGAGCUUAGAGAAGGCGGACCCGGAGUUGCCCACCAAUCCGGAGGUUUUCUCGGUGACUUCGUCUCUGCCUCCCUUAAACGGGAUUGACAACCAGGCAUACGAGUCUCCAGGUGAGGGCUCCAGUUCCAUGGAGAACGAGCAGGAGGAGAACGGACAGGUGUACGGAUCUCAGCGGAAGCAGUCGAAUGUGCCGCUGCCCGUUGACAUUCACGCUGCGGAACCCUUAAAUAUGAAGAGGCUCGUCCUGAAGAACAUUGCUGUUUUCCUGUUAUUGUGCAAUAUUUCGCUGUGGAUCCUUCCUGCCUUUGGCUGCAGGCCGCAGUACGACAACGGCCUGGAAGAGGCGACGUUCGGCUUCAGCAGGUGGACCACUGUUCUCAAUUUUGCCAUUCCUCUCAGCCUCUUCUACCGCAUGCACUCCGUGGCCUCCCUGUUCGAGGUGUUUCGCAGAGUCUGACCGAAGAUCCGGCGAACGCUGCCCGACAAGAUGCACCGGAACCCUUGCCAGCAUCCAGCAACCAGUUCCCAGCUGUUGCACCGCAGCUCAGCGGCGGUGCAACUGUUCGGGAGGCCAUCAGGGUCACUUCUGCUGCAGACUUGAAAGAAAAACUAAACUUUGGAGAGACAAACCAUAGAGCCUGUGCUCCUUGAAGAAUAACAGAAAGCGUUUUAUAUAUAUUUAUGUGGAGAAUAUAGAUAUUUUGCUAUAUUUAUAGGGACUCUUUAGUACUUUCUAAUCUGUUUUGAUAAUUGUUUCAACUUGGGUACAAUCCAUUGUAGAACUGAAUGCUUAAUCUGAAAUGCACAUUAUAUAUUCUCAUAAUCGUGACUAAAUACAGACUGUAGAACACUGACCGAGUCACAAUAUCCAAAAGUUAACAGUGCAGCCACUGCAUACAAUGUAAAUGGAUGACGUUCUCACUUAUCAAUGUUUAAAGUUUAGACUGAGUAGUAAACCAGAAUGCAUAGUAGAAUUUCAAGUUUGCAUUUACAACCUUAUCACUACAUUUCUUGCAUUUUGCUACUAGUUGGACUUUAGUUCUCAGCUCGUUCGUCUCUCAGCCAUCAGAGUCGUUGUACGCUUUCAAUCUAUAAUCUGUUCAUCUGAUUGGAACAUGUAUUUCAAAUUACUACAUUAAUUGUGAGCCAGAUAAAAUUCACACUGUUAUCACGUGUCAGGAUAGAUACUUCUUUAAUUUCAUACCAGAAAAUAUUGUUGCUGCCAUUACCAGCCACCACAGAUGAGUGCUGUCACUAAUGGAAAUGCAAUAAAAACAAUCACAGCCUGGGACAAAACUUUGCACUAAAGACGUUACUAUGAAAUUCUGCUGAAGGUUUUAUUCAGGUGUCCGAUUGAGUUCUCAGCCUGGUGCUAUCCUUUCGGGUUUUCUAUGUGCCAAGUUGUGGGAAAAACACAAGCAAACAAAAAAAACAAAACAAAACAAAAACAACAAAAAAAUAAAUUAUUCUCGCAUAUUACUGUAGUCCUGUAUAUUCUGCUACUCUGAUCAAAAAAUCUCCCAGCUGCUGUGACUUUUUUUGCCUAUUUGAUUAAAUUCUGCUUUCAAGAGAUUACAUCAA